AUGAAAAGCAAUGGUUGCGAAAGAAAACUUAAUAAUGCAAUCGAUUUUAUGUAUUUUAGUGACAUCGCCGGCUUUUACAAUUUCCGUUCGCCUGUGUUCCUGGUUCAAAAUCCAGAGUGUAUUAAAAAAAUGACUGUGAAGGACUUCGACCACUUCGUAAACCAUACACCUUUUUUCAGUGGUGAUGAUGACCCACUCAUUAAUGGUAUGUUGACCGUCAUGAAGGAUCAACGCUGGAGGAAUAUGCGUAACACACUUUCCCCAAUUUUCACCACCUCAAAAAUGCGUGCCAUGUUCUGUUUGAUGAACGAAUGCUUCAACGAGAGCUUGGACCGUUUAAGAGAGAAUACUAAAGGCGGCAAAACUAUUGAUUUGGAACUAAAAGGAUGGUUCACUCGACUAUCAAAUGACAUUAUCGCCUCAACAGCUUUUGGACUAAAGGUCAAUUCUUAUGAGAAUCAGAACAAUGAAUUCUACACCAUCGGGCUGUCAGUUUCAAAUUUCCGCGGCAAGCAAAUGAUAAAGUUCUUUAUUGCAACUACUUUACCAAUAAUUAAGAAAAUUCUGGGAUAUAGAAUAUUUGACGAAGAAAAAACCGAUUACUUCAAACGACUUGUUAUAGAUACGAUGAAAUAUCGUCAAGAGCACAAAAUACACAGACCUGAUAUGAUCCAACUAUUAAUCGAAGCUAAAGAGGAGUCUGAUCAAAAAUGGUCAGACGAUGACAUAGUUGCACAGUGUUUCAUUUUCUUCUUCGCUGCUUUUGAAAACAAUGCCAACUUCUUGUCAGUAAUUAGCCACGAGCUGAUGGAAAAUCCAGAUGUACAGCAGCGUUUGUAUGAAGAAGCAAUUGAAGUGCGUGACGAACUAAAUGGAAAACCAUUAACCUAUGAUGCUAUGGUGAAGAUGAAAUACAUGGACAUGGUCACUUCGGAAACAUUACGAAAAUGGUCUCUUGCCGGAAUGACUGAUCGUUUAUGUUCGAAGGAUUAUGAUCUCACGGAUGAUGAUGGAAACUUGAUAUUCAAAUUUAAGGCCGGCGACUAUGUGUGGUUUCCCAUAAUUGGAAUGCAUAACGACGAAAGAUACUUUGAAGAUCCUGAUUCUUUUAAUCCUGAACGAUUCAGCGAUGCUAACAAAGACAACAUCAAGCCUUUCACCUAUUUGCCUUUCGGUGUGGGACCACGUAUGUGCAUUGGUAAUCGAUACGCACUCAUGCAAGCCAAAGCUAUGAUGUAUUAUUUGAUUUUGGACUUCAAGUUCGAGCGAUCUCCAAAAACUGUGAAGAACAUUAUGGACGAUAUUCGCGGAUUCCAAAUCAAUCCAACUGGAGGAUUCUGGAUACGCCUCGUGCCGCGCAAAUAGUUUUGAUUUUUUAUCACAUAUCUAAACUGAUCAUGGUGGAAUAAUAACAAGGUGUUGUCAGUAGCGACGUGUUUGUUGUAAAUUUGACAAGAUCGGCAUGCUUAUUUUCAGUGCUUCCGAUCUUAAUUUUUAUACUACUAUACGUUGGGAAAUAGUAUCUAAAAUACUCCAUUUUAGUAUUUCGUUUUAUAGCGAUUUUUAAAGAACUUGGUGUUUUCAGAACGAUAUUAAUAUUUAAAAUUGCUGGAUUUGUAUUAUUUUUGUCCUCAAAAUAUAAGAUAUAAAAGAUAUCGUGGUUAUCAAUGGAAAAAUACGUACACAAAAAUCGUAUGGAAAGGCGAUUUUUUUAUAUUAAAUAUCUUUUGCUGCAUUGUCAUAAUAUCGAGCCAAAUGGACUACUGAUACACUAGAAUAGAGCGGCAGCACGGUUAGAUUACGAUUUCGCUUAUAUUAUCGGUAUUUAUGUGUUUUAAUCUAUUUAAAAAAUCAUAUACAGUCUUAUAGGAAAUUUCUUUAUUUUACGGCCUUUACUUUUUCAUAACUUACAAUAUAUGUCCAAGCUGUGUGGAGCUAACGAUACAAACAUAUAUUCAGGCUUAUAAGCUUGUAACUAUACAUUUUCCUACAUUUAAUUU